AUGGAUGAAGAAGUGAAGCUUUUCGGUUUUUGGCCAAGCUUCCCUGUGUACAAAGUGAUAUGGACUCUGAAAUUCAAGGGCAUCAAGUAUGAAUACAUAGAAGAAGAUAUCUCUAACAAGAGUGAUUUACUUCUGAAGUAUAAUCCCGUUCACAAGAAGGUUCCUGUACUCGUUCAUGGAGGCAAAUCCCUUGCGGAGUCCUCUGUGAUCCAGGAAUACAUUGAAGAAACAUGGCCCAAGCCAUAUCCCCUCUUCCCUGAAGAUGCUUUUGCAAAAGCCAUGGCUAGAUUUUGGAUAAACUUUGGAAUGGAAAAGGGUCGAGUCUUUUACAAAUUUCUCGGAGCUGGUGAAGGACAGAAGGAAGAGGCUGCCAAACAGUCAUUGGAAGUUCUGAAAAUCAUUGAGCAGCAAGGCUUAGGGAGCAAGAAAUUUUUUGGUGGCGAAUCGAUUAACGCAGUGGACCUGUCAUUCGGGUUUUUUGCUCAUUGGCUUGGAUGCAUGGAAGAGAUUGUGGGUAUAAAACUUGUGAAGCCCACCAAUUUACCUCACUUACAUGCAUGGCUGGAAAAGUUCAUGGAAGAGCCCGUGAUCAAGGAAAAUCUACCGGACAGAGAAAAACUGAUGGAGUACUAUAAGGAGCAAAGGGAAAGAUUCCUGGCUGGUUAA